AAAGGAGUCAUUGAGAAUUGUGGAUGCAUAAAUGUCAGAUAUAUUAUUUAGUUUGUAUCAGAAUAAUGUUGGCUUAAAUUGAACUUGGGCAAUUUCUGGAAUUAUUUUUCACGCAAAAUCAACUUUUACAGAAAAUUUUGCAAAGAUUUUGGCUUAAAACAAUAACUUGUUAAUAAAGUCGGAUUUUUUUUGUGGAUGAUAUACUUUUUGGAGUAGCAAUUAUCAAAUUUGUGGUAGAUUUUUGUAAAAAAAAUAUCACAUUAAUAAUUUUGGAGAUAAUUUUUAAGAACAGAUUUUUUCGGUUUUUUGCAAGUCGUGCUACGAUAUACUAACAAUUUAUGCAAAAAGUUGUUCGCGAAUUCACUUUGGAAAAAACCUGCGAAUGUCUAGAACAAGUAUUCGAUUUUGGUACAAAAAAAUGCAAAACGUUUUUUGCAAACGUGAAUUGUCUUCAAACUAAAAAAAAUUGAGUAAAAUUAUCACCCCUACUAAAUUUUGACACCGAAAAAAUCAAUGAAAACCUCGCCAAAAAAUGGUUCGCGAAUUCACCUCGGAAGAAAUUGUAAAAAUAGGUCAGUUGCGUUCCCUCCUUAUCACAGGAAAGGUUUCACCCCCACUCAACGAGACCUUUGAGGACGACUAUUACCUCGUGAAAUGAAUCCGAGCCAGAAAUUUGGACGUUUCCAAAGCCCACGAAAUGUUACUGGCGUCACUCGCGUGGCGUCGAGAGAACCGAAUCGACGGAAUUUUCGACCGAGAGGGCGAAGUUCCUGAAAAAUACAAGAUAACCAACCCGACCGGAUAUUUUGGGGAUGAUAAGGACGGAAAUUCCAUCGUUUGCUUACCCCUCGGUCGCUACAAAAAUCGCGACACAAUGGCGGAAAUUGGAUUGCCGGCAUUUCUGCGACUUUACUUUGCGUGGAUGGAAAUCGUCACGAAAUUAUUGAAAGAACGGGAGGCUGAAACGGGCAAGAAAGGGUUACAAGUUAUUCAGUUGGUGGAUAUGGAGUGUUAUUCUAUAAGGGAAAUCAUGUACCAACCGGUUCGCGAAUUUGUCAAGGUAUCGCAGGCAAUUGUUAGCGCGAAUUAUCCGGAAUCUUUGAAGGUUAUGCUGAUCAUCAAUGCGCCCAGCGUGUUCGCCCUGGCGUUCAAACUGGUGAGGCAUCUCAUGCCGAAAGAGACCUUGGCGAAGAUCGACAUCUACGGACAGGACGAAGAGGAAUGGAAAAGAGUCCUGAGGUCAAAGUGUGCACAUCUGAAUAAAGUUCCCGUCCGGUGGGGAGGCACGCUGAAAAGCACGGACAUCUUUGGGACGGCUGGGACGGAGGCGUCUGUUUGGAGUGGGAUUGUUCCCUUAUCGUUCUUUACAGAUGACGUAAUCGACUCCCACGGCUUCAAAAAGGUGAAAGUCGGAGCACGCGACAAGUAUAAAAUGGACGUCUUCACAACCUCGUCAAGGUCCGAGAUCCGAUGGCGUUUUAACACGGAAGAUCACGACAUUGGAUUUCAAGUUGUGUGUCCACGUGGUUCCACGCUCGUGCCGUGGCGUCGUCUCGACUCGCACAAUUCGAUGCAGGAGGGAACCAUCACGUGCGAAACGGUGGGUAAGUACCAGCUCGUUUUCGACAACAGUUUCAGCUACACGAAGGCGAAAAUGGUCAAGUAUUACGUCCAAGUUGUGGAAGAUGGUGAUGAUGAAAACGAAGAUUUACAUAAUGUCGACCUUAUUGAUACCGAAUAUCACCAAUGCUUAAGUAGAUCAUUUUCCUUUCCCAUGCACGGGGAUGUUGUGUCGUAAAUAGAAAAAUUGAUUAAAAUAAGCCGGAAUUUUUUAUAGAUGCCAUAAUUAUUAAGGGGUGAAAGCCCUUUAUAAGAUCGUUAUGUCCGUCUGUCUGUCCGUCCGUCCGUCCGUCCGU